AGCAGGAGCUGAUGGUGGGGGGAGCUGGCUUAAAAGCUGGUUAUCCCCAGCACUGUCUCCGUGGGGGCAGGGGAAGCAGAGGAGACAGAGAUGCAGUGGUUGAAAUGGCACAAGUUUGAGCAGUCCCAGCUCACACUGGAUCCCAGAUACUGCGCCUCUGCUCCCAACAAGCCACAGAGAACUCCCUUGUUGACUAAUUGAGUAGUUGAUGGAAAUUCCAUUGACUACUCAAUUAGCUUCCCAACCGCUAUUUAACAUCCAUAGUUAAAAAUCCCUCUUAGUUUUGGGGUUGGUCCCCAUGCUUCUAAAUUGCAGAAACUUCUUUGUGGGAGGAAACCUCUUGCCCUAAAUUGUUUUCCUCUUGGAGGUUGCAGGAGCUUAAACUGCCCAGUGGUCAUCUGUCCCUUCUCCUUUGUAACAGGGCCUGACUUUUGUUCAUAACCUGAUUCUUGCUAACUUUGCUUUAUAGCAGCAAGGGCUUUUACCAGGCCUCCUGUCUCAAGCUGUCUCUUUCUGCUACUCUGGGACUGGCAUGAAAGUGACUCUGCACACACAACCUGUCCUUGUUUCUCCUCCCACUAGCAAUUGCAGGAGCAAAUCCAGCUGUGGGAGAGCAAACAAUGCAGGGGAGAGCCUUUCCCAGCCAGAGGGGCAGAGACUGGGGAAGGAAAUAGAAGGGGAAAAGGGACUGAAGGGACCAGUGGGAGAAGUGAAUGGGGAGAGAGAUUUCCAGUUCUCUUACCUAGAUUUCCAGUUCUCUUACCCAGACAUGUAUUCUAGCACCCUGGGCAGCAUCACUUUCCUAUGAACAAAUUGAGGAUCAGAGAGAGGAAAAGCCAGUUACUGACUCCAUAUUUCCCUUGCUUGGGUGUCACAUUGACCCCCAGGGCAGCAAGAGGGAAUCCCCUGCAGUGACUCAUUUGAUUCUGCUCUUUUCCCAUUUUCUGUCCAAAGACUUUGUUCCGGGGGAGGUUUAAAGUUGUGUUGUGAGCUUAGCCUGGCAGGAGGGGCCAGGUCUACAUGGUAAUAAAGAGAUCUAGCAUGGUCCCAGUGUGGCAGAGUGUAGGAUGUCUGUCUGCCGGGAAUGGCCUGGAGGAAAGGUGACGUGCAAUUGAUUCUAAUCUGUUUUGAAACUUCCACAACCAUCCUUCUCACCCCAACAGACUGUGGCACGACAUUCAUGUAUCGCUCCAGCUCAUCGCGUCCUGCCAUGGCACAGGGCAGAGAAAUGGCUGCAGCAGAGCCAGUUCAGGGGCCGGUGACCUUCAAGGAGGUGGCUGUGUAUUUCACCAGGGCAGAGUGGGCUCUGCUGGACCCCGCUCAGAGAGCCCUCUACAGAGCUGUCAUGCAGGAGAACUACGAGAAUGUGACCUCGCUGGGGUUUCAAGUUUCCAAACCUGAUGUGAUUUCACAGAUGGAACGAGGGGAGGAGCCUUGGGUCCUCGAGCUUCAGGGCUCUGAGGAAGAAGCGAUCCUGAGAGGUGCCUGCACAGCAGGUGCUGGGAUGGGGAGUGAGAACCAGGAGCUGAACCCUCAACAGGAAGACGCUGAGCGAGUGGAACCACACGGGGAGUUAGCGCAAGACUCCAAAGGGAAUGCGUCCAGGUCUUGUGUGAAAGGGGAAGCCUGUGAGAAUCAGCACAGGCCAGAAAGGGAGCAGGGAAACCAGCCCAGUGAGGAAGUGGGAAAAUCCUUUAACUGUCAGGGAACUGACCAGGACAUCAAGGAAACUGCAGCCCAGCAGAGAAUAGCUACAGGAGAGGCAAAAAACACAUGCACUGAGUGUGGGAAAAACUUCACUCUGACCUCCACCCUUAUUAGACAUCAAAGGAUCCACACAGGAAAGCGCCCCUACAAAUGCAGUGAGUGUGGGAAACAGUUCAUUGAGAAAACACAGCUUCUUAAGCAUCAGACAAGCCACACAAGAGAGCGACCCUAUGAGUGCUGUGAGUGUGGGAAAAGCUUCACUCGGAGCUCAACCCUUAUCAGACAUCAGAGGAUCCACACAGGAGAGAGACCAUAUGAAUGCCACGAGUGUGGGAAAAAGUUCACUCGGAGCUCAGUCCUUAUUAAUCAUCAGAGAAUCCACACAGGAGAGCGACCCUAUGAGUGCUGUGAGUGUGGGCAGACUUUCCCUCAGAGCUCAAUUCUUUUUAAACAUCAGAAGAUCCACACGGGAGAGCGCCCCUACGAAUGUGCUGAGUGUGGGAAACAGUUCAUUGAGAAAUCAACACUUAUUAAACAUCAGACAAGCCACUCAGGAGAAAGGCCCUAUGAGUGCUGUGAGUGCGGGAAACAGUUCAGUCAGAAAUCGAGCCUUAUUAAACAUCAGACAAACCACACAAAAGAGAGACCCUGUCAGUGCUGCGAGUGCGGGAAAAGCUUCACUCACAGCUCAUCCCUUAUUAGACAUCAGAGGAUCCACACAGGAGAGAGACCUUAUGAAUGCAGAGAGUGCGGGAAAAGCUUCACUUUCAAAUCUGACCUUAAUAAACAUAAGAGAAUUCACACAGGAGAGCGUCCUUAUGAAUGUUGUGAGUGCGGAAAACAGUUUACUUGGAGCUCGGGGCUUAUUAAUCAUCAGAGAAUCCACACUGGAGAGCGACCCUAUGAAUGCUGUGAGUGUGAGAAAAAGUUCACUCGCUGCUCAGGCCUUAUUAGUCAUCAAAGAAUGCACACAGGAGAGCGACCCUAUGAAUGUGGUGAGUGUGGGAAAACAUUCACUCAAAGCGCAGGCUUUGUUAAUCAUCAGAGGAUGCAUACAGGAGAGCGACCCUAUACAUGCUCUGAGUGUGGGAAAACGUUCCCUCAGGGCUCAGCCCUUUUCAAACAUCAAAGGAUCCAUACAGGAGAGCGCCCCUAUGAGUGCUGUGAGUGCGGGAAACAGUUCAGUGAGAAAUCAAAACUCAUUAAACAUCAGACAAGCCACACAGGGGAAAGACCCUAUGAAUGCUGUGAAUGCGGGAAAAGAUUCACUCAGAGUUCAACCCUUAUUAGACAUCAGAAGAUCCACACAGGGGAGAGACCCUAUGAAUGCUGUGAGUGCAGGAAAAGCUUCACUUUCAAAUCAGACCUUAAUAAACAUCAGAGAAUUCACACAGGAGAGCGCCCUUAUGAAUGCUGUGAGUGCGGGAAACAGUUCACUUGGAGCUCAGGACUUAUUAUUCAUCAGCGAAUCCACACAGGAGAGCGACCCUAUGAAUGUGGUGAGUGCGGGAAAACGUUCACUCAGAGUGCAGGCCUUGUUAAUCAUCAAAGGAUGCACACAGGAGAGCGACCCUAUGAAUGUGGUGAGUGCGGGAAAACGUUCACUCAGAGUGCAGGCCUUGUUAAUCAUCAAAGGAUGCACACAGGAGAGCGACCCUAUGAAUGUGGUGAGUGCGGGAAAACGUUCACUCAGAGUGCAGGCCUUGUUAAUCAUCAAAGGAUGCACACAGGAGAGCGACCCUAUGAAUGUGGUGAGUGCGGGAAAACGUUCACUCAGAGUGCAGGCCUUGUUAAUCAUCAAAGGAUGCACACAGGAGAGCGACCCUAUGAAUGUGGUGAGUGCGGGAAAACGUUCACUCAGAGUGCAGGCCUUGUUAAUCAUCAAAGGAUGCACACAGGAGAGCGACCCUAUGAAUGUGGUGAGUGCGGGAAAACGUUCACUCAGAGUGCAGGCCUUGUUAAUCAUCAAAGGAUGCACACAGGAGAGCGACCCUAUGAAUGUGGUGAGUGCGGGAAAACGUUCACUCAGAGUGCAGGCCUUGUUAAUCAUCAAAGGAUGCACACAGGAGAGCGACCCUAUGAAUGUGGUGAGUGCGGGAAAACGUUCACUCAGAGUGCAGGCCUUGUUAAUCAUCAAAGGAUGCACACAGGAGAGCGACCCUAUGAAUGUGGUGAGUGCGGGAAAACGUUCACUCAGAGUGCAGGCCUUGUUAAUCAUCAAAGGAUGCACACAGGAGAGCGACCCUAUAUAUGUUGUGAAUGUGGGCAAACAUUCCCUCACAACUCAGCUCUUUUUAAACAUCAGAAGAUCCACACAGGGGAGCACCCUAUGAAUUCUGUGAAUGUGGGAAAAGAGUCAUCCAGUGUUCACACCUUAAUAGACAUCAGCGAUUUCACAAGAUAAAUAAACUCCAUAAUAAUUUUGCACAGUGCAGAGGACAUACUAUUUUAAAGACAUUUGUCUUUCCACAUAGUGACUUUUUAAGGCUGUUUAGACACUGUGCAUCACUGUUGUCUGUGAGCUCCCCCAGGUGAGUUGCCUGCUUUUAUUUUUGCAGGUCACCCUUCUCUAUAGUGAAUCCCAGGGUGCUUUCUACCAACUCUUUUCUCCUGUGAGUUAUGGGAGUGUGUUUCCCUACUACAGGGAGAGUCCAUUAGCUCCUUGUGCGGGAAAUUGAGUGACCUCUGGUAGCUCUACUGAAUGAAAAUUGACCUGGACUUUGUCUCCUCUAGUAUUUUCCAUGGAAUUGGCCUACUCAAGAUUGCUAUCCUGAUGGAAACACACAGAAAUAUUUGCAGUGCUGGUGCAGUCCGGGGAUAGUGGUUAGGGUUACCUAGCACAUUCCCCUUAGACCUGUCCUAAUCAACAAAAAUGUUUGUGGUCUAAACAAGCCCUGAGCAUCACAUUUAUGCUGUCACUUCAUUAGCAGAGCAAUUGUUAGAGAUCACCCCAGUUAUUCUCAUAUUGGUCCAGGUUGUGCUGGACAGCAGGUUGAAGUUUGAGAAUCUGGGCACACUAGAUAGGGCUUGGGGCUUCAUCAUCACAGGCAGGACCAUUCUUACCCAUAUGCAGAAUACUCAACAAUAUGGAGCACCUGAAAAUGUGAGGCACCCCUGAGUCUUAAUGCCCACCCAAGCAUCUCUUCCAAUCCCUGUUCUGUGGCUCUGCAUCUUCCAGAGAGGAUCUAGUUAAUAUAAAAGUGAAAAAGCCUGCCAGAGCUAUUAACAGAACACUGAACCUGUGAAAGAGCCAUUCCAGUGGUAAUGAAGCCUUUUAACAGAUAUUUGCCAACGCCAAGUAAAUUCUGUCAGUUUCUGAAUGUAUUGUGUUAGUCAACAGGAUCUUAAUUUAAUAUUUGCUUUUAAAAUAUUUCAUUGGUGUGUUGUGGAAGAUCAUAAAAUCACAUCUCUAAAAAAUCAUCCCUCCCCCCGUCUGCCAUCAGGCAGAGGGGCACCAGUUUAAUAAUAUUGCCUACAGCCCCAUAAAUCCUAAGGAUGGCCCCAUCCACAGGAGGUGCCUGACACUCCCUGGGGCUUGAGCUCUGCUCCUACUGAAGACAAAGCCCUGUCAGGUGUAUCCCUUGGGGUGAAGCCCCUACCCAACCACUACACUGCAAAGCGGAGAUCCCAAGCUCUCACUCAGUCUAACAGGUGGAGAAUGUGUGUGUGUGUGGGGGGGGGAGAGAAUAGGUGCUGAGAGGCUCUGUAAGCUGCACUUUAAUGGCAAAAGAGCCAUUUGUGGCCUGCAAGCCACAGUUUGGCCACCCCUGCAAUAUGACAUAGAGGAGGAGAAGGCAUGGAGAAAAUGUAUCAUUUCAGCCUCUGCAAUGCCAGAAGGAAAUGGGAAGAGUUGGAGGGCUUCUCUCCUUCCCCAUCACCAUCAUUAUGCCCACCCACUCCAGCAGGGGUCCGUUUGUUUCACAGUAGGCUACGUCUAGACUGGCAUGAUUUUCCGCAAAUGUUUUUAACGGAAAAGUUUUCUGUUAAAAGCAUUUGUGGA